CCAGUGCGUGGCAGCAACGACGGCCCCUGAACUACACACGCAGAAGAAGCACACCUGCGCGUUUACUUCCUGGUUGCGCAGCGUCAAGAAUCACCCUCUCUGUCGUGCUUGUGGUGUUUUUUUUUACCCUAAAACUUUGUCCCUUUUAAUCCGAGCAGCAUGUUCAGGGGGUUCGGCACGUGGUUGGGUCUGGAGAACCACACGAGGACGGCGGAGGAGAGGGAGAACCUGAGCGCGGAGGAGCAGGAGGAGCAGGAGGAGAAGGUGGUGGAGGCGCAGAACGAGGUAAACAAACAGAGAGCAGCUGACGAGGAUGGAGGACCGGAGGGGGGCCGAGAAGACUCCGAGCAGGGGAAAGGACUGGGAGAUUACAUCUUCAGUUUCGCGUCCAGUGCCAGCAAGAAGAUCUCCGAGUCGGUGGUGGAGACCGCUCAGACCAUCAAGAAGACGGUGGAAGAGGGGAAGAUCGACGGCAUCAUAGACAAGACAUUCCUAGGAGACUUUCAAAAGGAGCAAGAGAAGUUCGUCCAAGAGAAGAAGGCCAAAAAAUCUGACGCAGCGGUUCCUCCCUGGGUCGGCUACAACGAGGAGGAGACUAUCCAGCAGCAGAUCCUCGCCCUGUCAGCGGACAAGAGAAAUUUCCUCCGGGACCCUCCUGCCGGUGUUCAGUUCCACUUCGACAUGGAGCAGAUGUAUCCUCUGGCUGCAGUGAUGCUGGAGGAAGACCAGCUCCUCAACCGCAUGCGCUUCGACCUGGUUCCCAAACACGUGAAGGAGGAGGUUUUCUGGAGGAAUUAUUUCUACCGGGUGUCUCUGAUCAAGCAGUCGGCUCAGCUCACGGCGCUGGCGGCCCAGCAGCAGCAGAAGGACGGCGAGGACAGAGGGGCCAGUGUGUCACCUGAUGACGUCGUCUUAACAGACAACGUCAGACCAAAAACUCCACCGGUUUCCAUCAGCGACAUACAAGAGCCACCUCAAGAGGAAGAGGAGGAGAUGUCGACGAGUCCCGGCGUGUCCGAGUUUGUGAGCGACGCUUUCGACUCGACGGGCAUCGACCAGGAGGACCUGAGGAAAGAGAUGGAGCAGCUGGUGCUGGACAAGAAGGACAGCCUCCCCUCUCCUGAUGAUGAGACGGCAGACUGGGAGAAGGAGCUGCAGCAGGAGCUCCAGGAAUACGAGGUGGUGACCGAGGCGGACAACAAAGACGACCAGUGGGACCAGGAGAUCGAGAAGAUGCUCCAGGCCGACGAGAGCUAGACGGCCGCUGCUUGCCGGUCUUCUGUUCAGUGUUUUCCGACCCAGAACGGAAGGAAUCGUGACCUGGUGAUGCACAAGGGGAUGAACUUCCACAUUCUCUGUGACCCGACUGUGAUUACUUUCUUGUAAAACGCCUGUACCCCGAUGAAGGUGUAGAUCCAAUUAUAGCAAGAGUGUGUCACUACUGCUGGAAACAGUGGCUAUGUCCUGGCGUCUUAGUAGUAGUAGUAGUAGUGCUACUUCAUUGCUCCUUCCUUCUUUUAUUUACUUGCUUUUGCCCUUACUCUUUCUCUUUUUGAUGGGGGGAAAAAGCCUCUAGAGGGCGCUCCAGUACAGUACGGCGAAUGUUCUAAUGGAGGGCGGCUUGUUUCAAUGACAUGAAAUGUUAUAUCUCUGUUUCCACUGCUGCUUUCUGGUGGGUUGUACAGUAAAGUCCGGGUAUAGUUCUAGUACAGUAAAGUCAAGUGUAAAGUCACAUUUCUGUAAAUAAAAAGGAUUCUAACACUAUACCUAAAUUCAAGUUGCAUUUCCCUUUCAUUAAACCUGCUAGUCUUUUCACAUUUUGUAUCGUGUAUUCACAAACUAUCCUGUGUUCACGUCUGCUUUUUCUUUAGUUUCUCUUCAACUGAAAUACUGUACAUUUUCUGUUUAACCUGUCAUCCUUAAAUAAAUAUGUAU